AUGCACUCUCAAAAUAUUUCUUUAUUUAAAGAUAUUAAUGAUAUUUCUAAAGGAUUGUCUGACCAGUUUAGAAAUAUUAUCUCCAAAUGCACAAAACCCCAUUUUAUUUGUAUUUGUGGUGAUCAAUAUAUCGAUGAAAAUACUAACAUACAUCAAAUCAUUAAUGGUAUUUCAUCAAAUGAUUACCUCAAUGCACAAGAAUCAUUGAAAUCUUCAAAUAAGAUUUCCACAUCAGAAUCAAAUAAUUGUAAUGUUAUUGGACCAAUUCUUGUAAGUGAUAUUGUAAAAAGAAACAAUUUAGAAGAACAAGAAUUUCAACAAAUUUUAAAUGAUGAAUUAUUCUUUAUUGAAAUUGAAAAACAUAAACUAACUUCAAGUACAACACCGAAUAAUAUUGUUGAAAUUCUUUCUAUUCUCCAAUUAUCUUCUAUAAGAAUUAUUUAUAACAACAAUGAAAUAAAUGCAGGUAUAUUAGAGGAUAUAUCAUCAUUUGAUUAUCUUUCUUGUUUAUUAGAAUUACAAGGAAUAAGAAAAGAAGGGAAAAGAGUCAUUUGUAUUUCACCAGAUAUUCAAACAAUUACUGAAAAAGAAAAUGAGACAAUUCUCAAAGAGUCUGUCUUAAAUAAACAAAAACAUAUAAACAACGAUCUUGUACAUUUCUUCUCUACAAAAUCACAUCAAACAAAUUGUUUGUGUUUCUUACUUCCAUCAUAUUCUCAUCCUUCUCCAAGUCAAAUCAAAUUCUGCAUGAAAUUCCACUAA